AUGAAUUGCAAGCAGAAGCAGGAUGAGGAUGUUUUUAGGGUUUUGGCUUUGACUAAAGAUGUUGAUGAAGUUGUAUACCCUAUGCUGAUUAAAAAAUUAAAAAUAUAAAAAAUGUAAGAUUGCCAAGAAUUUCUCUCAUAAGUUCAAAAUCAAAGGCAAAUUGAAUAAGAAAAAUUAUUAGUAGAAAAUUCUUCGUUAUUGGGAAAGAAAUAGAUGCUUAAUGUCGAAGAGAACAUCAUUAAGAUAAUUACAGAUGUUCUCUAGAAAAUUGAAAAUCAUGAAUUUAAUAAACAGAAUUACUCCUUAGCUGAAUGCAAUGAAAUUAAAUAAGAUUUGAUCAAAAAAAUAUCCUUAGAUAAAAAGAUCAUAGAAUUUCUCAAAUUUUUAGUUCAACUUACUGCCUUAGAUGAGAGAUACAUAUAGUGUGGAUCAAAUUCUUUUCAUUUAUUAGUUGAAAUGAGGGUUGAUUUAAAGGAACAACUUUUUGAAAAAAUUAGAAUUAGAAAUACUUCACUAUUAAGAGCAAAUUUAAUGAGAAGUGACUUCAGUGGAUCUGAAUUUGAUAAUGUUCUUAUUAGUGGUAUGAAUUUGAAUGGAGCCAAAUUAUUUAAUUGCAAGUGGAGAAAUUUAAAAAUAAAUGAAUUAAAUAAGUUGAAAGCUCAUAGUGGUAGAGUCAAUAAAGUAUGCUAUUCUCCUGAUGGUAAGUCAUUAGCUUCUUGCAGUGAUGAUAAAUCUAUUUGUUUGUUGGAUAUUAGAACAGGUAAUAUAAAAUCCUUAACAAAAAAUGAGAGAGAGGUAAAAUCAAUUUGCUUCUCACCUAAUGGUACUACAUUAGCAUCUUGCAGCCGGAAAUUUGUUUAUUUAUGGAAUCUCAAAAAGUGGAAAUAAAUACUGAAAUUAGAUGGUCACUCCGAUGAAGUCGUAUAGGUUUGUUUCUCCUCGGAUGGAACUACAUUAGCAUCCAAUAGUCAAGAUAAGUCUAUCCGAUUAUGGGAUGUUAAGACAGGAUAGUAAAGAUGCAAAUUAGAUGGUCUUACUAGUUAUGCUAGGUCAGUCUGUUUCUCUCCUAAUGGUACUACAUUAGCUUCUUGUAGUAAAGAUAAAUCUAUUCGUUUAUGGGAUGUUGAGACUGGAUAAUAAAAAUGCAAAUUAUACGGCCAUUCAAAUUAUAUUAACGUAGUCUGUUUCUCUCCAGACGGUACUAUAUUGGCAUCUGGUAGUUAAGAUAAAUCUAUCCGUUUAUGGGAUGUUAAGACAGGAUAAAAAAAACCAAAAUUAUAGGGUCAUUCGUGUGGAGUUCUAACAGUCAGUUUUUCUCCUGAUGGUACUACAUUAGCAUCUGGUAGUUCAGACUAUUCUAUCUGUUUAUGGGAUGUUAAGACAGGACAAUACUAUGCUAAAUUAGGUGGUCAUAGUAAGAGCGUUAAUUCUAUCUGUUUCUCUCCAGAUGGCAGUACAUUAGCAUCCUGUAGUGAUGAUAAGUCUAUCUAUUUAUGGGAUGUAUUGGCAGAAUAGCAAAAAAAAGACAAAAUGGAUGGUCAUUCAGAUAGUGUUAAUUCAAUUUGUUACUCUCCUGAUGGUACUACAUUAGCAUCUGGUGGUUCAGAUAACUCUAUCUGUUUCUGGGAUGUUAAGACAGGAUAAUAAAAAGCUAAAUUAGAUGGUCAUUCUGAUUCAGUGUAUUCAAUUUGUUACUCUCCUGAUGGUACUACAUUAGCAUCUGGUAGUCAUGAUAGCUCUAUCCGUUUAUGGGAUAUUAAGACAGGAUAAUAAAAAGCCAAAUUUGAUGGUCAUGAAUAUGCAGUUACUUCAAUCAAUUUCUCUCCUGAUGGUAAUACAUUAGCAUCUGGUAGUUAUGAUAAGUCUAUCCGUUUAUGGGAAGUUAAGACAGUUGAAUAAAAAGCCAAACUAGAUGGUCAUGAUUGUUUUGUCAUGUCAGUCUGUUUCUCUCCAGAUGGUACUACAUUAGUAUCUGGUAGUUAGGACAAUUCUAUCCGUUUAUGGGAUGUUAAGACAGGAUAAUAAAAUGCCAGAUUAGAUGGUCAUGAUAGGAGUGUUAAUUCGAUCUGUUUCUCAUCAGAUAGUAGUACAUUAGCAUCUGGUAGUCGUGAUAUGUCCAUUUGUUUAUGGGAUUUUAAGAAGGGAUAAUAAAAAGCCAAAUUAUAUGGCCAUCAAGAUGAAAUUAGUUAAGUCUGUUUCGCUCCAGAUGGCAGUGUAUUAGCAUCUGGUAGUUAUGAUAAGUCUAUCUGUUUAUGGGAUGUUAAAACUAGAUAAAAAAAAGCCCAAUUAGAUGGUCAUUAUAGAUGUGUUACUUCAGUCAAUUUCUCUCCAGAUGGCACUACACUAGUAUCUAGUAGUUUUGAUAAUUCUAUCCGUUUAUGGGAUGUUAAGACAGUUGAAUAAAAAUCCAAAUUAGAUGGUCAUUAAGAUACAGCCACAACAGUCUGUCUCUCCCCUGAUGGUAUCAUAUUAGCAUCUGGUAGUCAAGCUAAUUCUAUCCUUUUAUGGGAUGUUUAAACAGGAUAACAAAUCAUUUCAUCAGAUGAUCGUUAUAACUUUAUUUUAGAUUAUUUUAAACCUGAAAUUUUGAAAAAAAGUUCUCUACAAGAAAGUGGUAUUUCUUUUUAACUAUUAUGAAGUUAUAUUAAAUUUGACCAUCCUUAUAAUAUCACAGUAGCCAAUCUUUUAAUCUUAAAGUGCUCUAAUCUUGAAGGGAGAAUUUCAAAAUUAAAAAGGAAUAAAUUUACGAGCAUUGUUUCAAUAAAGAGGAGGGAUAAUUUUAGAGAAUUAAUAAAGAGUUAACUUAUAUUCCUAAUUAUGA